GUGUGAUGAGUUUUGUUGCUGUGACAGCGGUUUGUGGCAGGGCAACGCGCCGAAGAAUAUUGUGUUAAAUUGUGUUGAAAGUCAGUGAAUUUAAUUGACAUUCUAUCCGACCGAUAUUGUGUGUGUUUCUACCAUAAAUCUCGAGUAUUUUCUAAUUCAUGUGCCGUCGUUAAAGACGCUGAGAAAAUACCACAAAGAUCUUCACUUUGGCGCUAUCACAAAAAUCAAGCUGUAAGAACUCGAUCGAUGAACUACUACUUAAGCCAGUGUUCAGUUAACGAGUAGUGGAUCGAAGUUUGCCGACAAUUUACGCUGCAAAGAGUUUGAUGUGACUAUCAUUUAUAAAACCGACAAUAAAGUUUGGAUUAAUUUCUUCAGAUUGUGAACUUUUCAAAUUGAACUGAGAACUGGGGCACGACACAUGGUUGCAUCUUGCUACAACAUCACUCAUCAUUUUAAAAUUGGCCAAAUAUUAGAUUAAGCGAGGCAGGAAAUCAGUGCAUAAAUCAAUAUCGAUAGCACAUUGCUGAAAAAUAACUAGAUCCAGUGAAACGAGUGAGCUACCGAGUGGUCGCCUCCUCAGAAGAGAUAUCAACCUGGAGCCACCGCCUCCGCCAGCCCUGGCGCCUUCUAGUCCCGACAUGGAUGAUGCCAGCUCAAAGCGGCAAGCGACAAGAGUUUUUAAGAAGAGUUCUCCUAAUGGGAAGAUAACAGUUUACCUUGGUAAAAGAGAUUUUGUGGAUCACAUUUCACAUGUAGACCCUAUAGAUGGUGUUGUAUUGAUUGACCCUGAAUAUGUUAAGGAACGCAAGGUGUUCGGUCAUGUCUUGGCUGCCUUCCGAUAUGGCCGUGAAGAUCUUGAUGUUUUGGGGUUAACGUUUAGAAAGGAUUUAUAUUUAGCGUCUGAUCAGAUUUUUCCUCAAGAUGGUUGCAGCAGCAAAAGACCUUUGACGCGACUUCAAGAGAGGUUGAUCAAAAAGCUUGGUCCAAAUGCAUAUCCUUUCUAUUUUGAACUGCCGCCACACUGUCCAGCAUCGGUAACUCUACAACCCGCGCCAGGUGACACAGGCAAGCCGUGCGGAGUUGACUACGAGCUAAAAGCAUUCGUUGGUGAGACGUCGGAUGAUAAACCACAUAAAAGAAAUUCGGUUCGUCUAGCAAUUCGUAAAAUAAUGUACGCUCCUAGCAAACAAGGAGAGCAACCAUCGGUGGAAGUAUCAAAGGAAUUUAUGAUGAGCCCUAACAAGUUACACUUAGAAGCUUCCUUAGACAAAGAGUUAUACCAUCAUGGCGAAAAUAUAGCAAUUAAUGUACAUAUAGCGAAUAAUAGUAAUCGGACGGUCAAAAAAAUAAAAGUUUCAGUCCGACAGUUCGCUGACAUAUGCCUAUUUUCCACAGCACAAUAUAAAUGUACUGUAGCAGAAGCUGAAAGCGAAGCGGGCUUUCCAGUUGCGCCAGGUUUCACACUAUCGAAAGUUUAUUCGGUGCGACCGCUCCUGGCCGACAAUAAAGACAAGCGAGGGCUAGCGCUAGACGGUCAGCUCAAGCACGAGGACACGAAUCUAGCUUCCUCCACCAU